UGUUAGAUCCAGUUCAACUGCUGCUGCUGCUCGAGUCGUCCGACAGGCAGCGUUCACUGCAAGUCGAAGAGAGCCUUUUCGCUUUGUGUGCCGUGUAAAUUCUAGUUCUUAUUCCUGUUUUACGCCCCAUUGCAUUUUUUUAAUUUCUUUGGACGUCUCACAUCGUCCUCGAAACAAUAGUAGUGCGCGUUAGAGAACGACAGAGGCAUCCGUGAAUUAAAAAAAGGAGUGAAAAAUGUUCCACCUGAAAACGAUUGUCAAGAGCGGUGUGCUCAAACAGGAGGUGCCCACCAUUGUAAAGGCUGUAGCUGUGAGCGGUGUCCAGCAUCGAAAUUGCUCAACCCAUCAAAUCCCGGAUCGGCUAAGGGAUGUCCCAACGGCAGCGAAUCCACGCUUUUUCGAUAUGGUCGAGUACUUCUUCCACCGGGCCGCUCAGAUUUGCGAGGGCAAAAUGAUUGAAACCAUCAAAGGCCGUGCCUCGGCGGAAGAGAAACGCAAGAAGGUCAAGGGAAUCUUGAUGCUGAUGCAGCCGUGUGACCACAUCAUCGAAAUCGCGUUUCCACUUCGCAGAGACUCCGGCGAUUAUGAGAUGAUUACCGGAUACCGCGCCCAACACUGUACCCAUCGAACUCCGACGAAAGGAGGUAUCCGUUUCUCGCUUGAUGUGUCACGCGAUGAGGUCAAAGCCUUGUCCGCUUUGAUGACCUUCAAGUGCGCCUGUGUAGAUGUUCCGUUUGGUGGUGCAAAGGCCGGUAUUAAAAUUGACCCAAAGAUAUACUCUGAACAUGAACUGGAGAAAAUUACCCGGCGCUUCGCUCUGGAACUGUCUAAAAAAGGCUUCAUUGGGCCGGGUAUUGAUGUACCGGCUCCGGAUAUGGGAACUGGCGAGCGUGAAAUGUCUUGGAUUGCGGACACUUAUGCCAAAACUAUUGGUCACUUAGACAUCAACGCUCACGCGUGUGUUACCGGUAAGCCCAUCAACCAGGGCGGUAUUCAUGGCCGUGUUUCCGCCACAGGACGUGGUGUCUUCCACGGAUUGGAUAACUUUAUCCGUGAGGCAAACUACAUGGCCAUGAUCGGCACUACUCCCGGCUGGGGUGGAAAGACGUUCAUCGUGCAAGGUUUCGGUAAUGUCGGCUUACAUUCGUGCCGUUAUCUGUGCCGUGCUGGUGCCACCUGCAUUGGUAUUAUUGAACACGAUGGUGCUAUCUACAACCCACAGGGAAUUGAUCCCAAGGCUUUGGAAGAUUACAGAAACGAAAAUGGAACCAUCGUUGGGUUCCCUGGUGCUAAGCCGUACGAAGGCGAGAAUCUGAUGUACGAACCGUGUGAUAUUUUCAUCCCAGCCGCUGUCGAGAAGGUCAUCACCAGUGAGAAUGCUGGCAAAAUCAAUGCUAAGAUCAUCGCUGAGGCUGCCAACGGUCCUACCACUCCGGCUGCUGACAAAAUUCUGAUCGACCGUAAUAUCCUGGUGAUUCCUGAUUUGUAUAUCAACGCCGGUGGUGUGACUGUGUCGUUCUUCGAGUGGCUCAAGAACUUGAACCACGUAUCGUAUGGUCGUUUGACCUUCAAAUACGAGCGCGAGUCCAACUACCACCUACUCGCCUCUAUCCAGGAAUCACUUGAACGAUCAAUUAACGAAAACCAAUCGGUCCAAGCUUCACUGGAAAGACGCUUCGGCAAUGUUGGCGGCAAAAUCCCGGUUACCCCGUCGGAAGCUUUCCAGAAGCGUAUCUCCGGCGCUUCGGAAAAGGAUAUUGUCCACUCCGGCCUGGAUUACACGAUGGAGCGCUCGGCUCGUGCCAUCAUGAAGACCGCCAUGAAGUACAACCUGGGUCUUGAUCUGCGCUCGGCCGCGUACGUCAACUCGAUCGAGAAAAUCUUCGAGACCUACAGAGAUGCCGGUCUUGCCUUUUAAUAGAAAGCUAGACUCACGGAGGAAUUUCGGCAAACAGUAGAAUCAACGGAGCGGGCAUUAGGAUUGUGGCAUCGCGCAGCCUCGGAAAGUAUGGUUGAAAUCCAGAUAACACAUUUGAACUGCCACAAUCUGAUAUUUUUCAAUGUUACUUAAAAAACUAAGCGAUCGUAAGCGUAAAGUAUCGUGUCUCCAGUUAUGCAAGAGGAUAGUUUUAACUAAAUCGUAGGAACCGAACAGCACCACGUCAACGUGAGCUGAAAAUUCAGUUUGUCCAGUUUUGUCGUAACUUGUGCGUUAAAGUCCUUUUUUAUAUUGUUUUCAAUACAUGUUAUUAUUCUAAGCUCUUUUUUCGUUAAACGAAAUUUUUCAACCAGAAAAUGUAUUUUCUUUCAGCAAUCCCAAUUUUAAUGUAUGUCCUAGACUUAGAUUGUACCGACGGUGACUCAAACAAACAAAAAGCGCAUCCAACUAAGGAGCGUUUCGUACUUUCGGGCUUAUUACUUACCGCGUUUUACUCAUGAAAGACAUGAUUAGCUAGUAUAUUAUGGAACGUUAUUUGUACUUACGUUACAUUGAGGAUUCCAGAAUGGAUUAAUUUUGCAAGAGUGUCCUGUUGGGGUGUCUGCUAACCAGAUCUAUUGAGUGUAAGCCAAACUGAAAAACGAAUUCGUUUUAUCUGGAAAAUCAUAGAUUAAAAAAAGCAGUUUUUCUUUCAUUCUCUGCAGCGUAUACCGCACCGGGACAAGACUGCCAUUGAUGCUCCUCUCUGUCUUCUUUGAUAACACGCACUGAUACCAUUCUAGCAAUUAAUCACCGACUGCGUAGUUUUCAAUAGCCGUAUACUAGCACGCUCACGCGAGCGCUCCCUUUCUUAUUGCUCUACAUGUGCGUAGAAUAAGGAUCAAAAGCGAAUCUAGCUGAGUAAGGCAGCAAACUACAUAAUAAAGCGGUAAUGUAUCAAACAGGGUAGGACGAUCGGAAGCCGGGUCUUGUUCGCUCUUCCUAGAACACAAUUUACUUUCAACUUACUAAGAAACCUGUUAAUUUUUUUUAAUUGGUGACGGACUAACAUUAAAAAACGUAUUGUAAUGAUAAAAUUAAUUUUUUGAAGAUAGAAAUUGAAGAUUAUAGAAUUUGACUCAUUGAUUAAUGCACCCCGGCCCCCUCAUCGUACCCUUUUGAUACCUGAAUAGUACAGAAAUAAAACACAGAUGCACUUCAAUGA